AUGCGGUGCCAGUACUGUUACUGGACUCGCCACGAAGCGCUCGCCCCGACCGCCGCGCCGUCGCGAGAUUCCACGCCCGCGCCUUUCGAGCCGCCUCAAAACACUGCCUCGCGGCCUCCGGCCUUUCGUUCCGCGGCCUCUCCGCGGGCGUGUUGCACUGUCUUCGAGGCGCCUCAAAAGUGUGGCACCGCGCCAACCACUCCAUCGUGUCCGCCUCUCGUCGAGCCGCGACUGCCCCGAGCGCGCACGUGUGACGUUGCAGCAGACAGCGGCGGAGGAGCGCCCGCCGUCUCCGCGGGCGCGUCCGCCAUCCGCGGAACAUUAUCCGCUUUGGGUUACUCCCCCGCCGCCGUUUCCCCCGCAUCUUCAUGCCCAACGAUUGGCGCCGUUGACCAAGUCAACGGCCACGUGUCGACAUGCGAAUGGGCUGAAUCUGCCGACAUGGACACGUUGGACAUACCGCCGUGGGUGCGAGAAAAGCUCUCUCUUUCCCGCACGGAAGAGGUGCAGAAUAAUGAGUCGGCCGGACUCACAAGAGUCAGUCGAAUGGACCGCGAAGCGAUGGCGGAUGGCAACAAGCGAGCGGGACGCGUCGAGUGCGGAGGCGAGUGCGGCAAGGUGUGCGGCGGCGAGUGCGCGGAGAAUCGAAGCCGCGAGAGGGACGCGGAAGGCGAGAAGCCGAGCCUGUGGGACAUCAUGCAAUGGGAAUCCGAUAUGAUCUCGUCCGUCUGCUCGACUGCCGCUGCUAAAUCUCCCCGACCGCCGUUCUCUAAGAGUUCAACAUUUGAGGCGCCGCAAAGGUCGCUCUCUAAGCGGCACCGCUCCGCGUCUGCUCUCCCCACCACUCCGCCUCCCACGCCAUCCGCGUCUAAAGCGUCACUGACGAUCCAGAUCUGCGACGACGCGAGCGCCAACUGCGGAGAUUUAUCGUUUUUCGAGGAGCUGCUGCAGGAGUUCGGCGCGGGCGAGGGGGAAGAAGCGGGCGGAGAGAUGGAGGACGAACCGGGAUGGGCGGAAGAAAUGCGCAUUCCGGCGGAAGAAACAGCUCAUUUUGAGGAGGUUGCGCCUGUUGUGCCGCAGCUAGACGACAGCUGGGGUGAUUUUGCGGUGAAAAUGGAAGAUGAGGGGAAAGCUGACGGCGGGAAGGGGUUAAGGAUCGACGGGGAGAGCAUUUUUGAGCGGAUUCAAGUAAUGGGGGACGAGGGGCCGGAGAUGGGGGACGAAGCGACGGGGAUGGCGGAGGAUGGAGUGGAGAUGGCGGAUGAGGGCGCGGGUAUGGCGGAUGAGGGCGCGGGGAUGGCGGAUGAGGGCGCGGGGAUGGCGGAUGAGGGCGCGGGGAUGGCGGAUGAGGGCGCGGGGAUGGCGGACGAGGAGGAGAUUCCAUCCAAUAAACUAUCGCAUGAUCAGCCUGCUGCUGCUCGAAAUAUCUUGAGCAGUGUUCAGCUGCAGCGGAAACAGGGGGAAGUGGGGGAGGCAGAUGCGGAGCAGCAGAACGGGCCGCAGUGUGGUUCACCGUCCCGUUCCGCGCAUGGUUCUCCGAGUGCCCCUGCUGGCGGAUUCGCGCAGAUGUGGUCAGAAGCUUGGGCGGACGACGCGGACGCAGAAAUACCAGGGCUGGCGGGGAGCUGCGUGUUCCGAGCGUGA